CUUCUCUGUGUGUUCGCUAAUUAAUCAAUCAAUGAGUUGAUGAAUAUAUGCUCCCAAGGCACGUGACGGUAUAUAUCCAUGCCUGAAUGUGUGCCUGACUCGAGCUGCGGGAUGGCGUUCGGCAGCGGGAAUGGCCGUUGGGUCGGUGGUGAAGCUGUUGCGACGGACAGCUUUGGCCGAUGUUGUCUCGUUAUUAAAGCCACUCGAAUAUACGACACAAUCAUCUCCACUCACGACCGACUCACGACGUGACGACCUUCACACACGCUCCUUUGACUGCCCCCACUAUUCACGUGAUAGUAAGCAGUCCUUCUUUAGGGUGGAAGGGGCGUCGGCGACCCCCAUCAAACAUCAGGAGGGAGGUAUUGCGCCUACAAACAACGCCGGAUGAGAUAAAUCCUACACACACUCCCUCACCAUGGCGCCGCUACCCAUCAAAUUCACCGAGCAGGCACAACUCCUCUCCCUGGGUGUGCAGCAACAAUCCAUAGGCUUCAACUCCUGCACCCUCGAGUCCUCCCACUACGUCUGCGUGCGCCAGACCACCGAAGCCGGCGCCGCCGAAGUCCUCAUCAUCAACCUCACCAAUGGCAACACCGUCAUGCGCCGGCCCAUCAAGGCCGACAGCGCCAUCAUGCACUGGAGCAAAGAAAUCAUCGCCCUCAAAGCCCAAGGCAAGACACUGCAAAUCUUCGAUCUCGCGCAGAAGGCCAAGCUCAAAAGCACGAAUAUGGCCGAGGAUGUCAUGUACUGGAAGUGGUUCAGUGAGACCAGUCUGGGGCUGGUGACGGAUACGGCUGUCUACCAUUGGAACAUUUUUGAUCCUGCUCAAGCGAUGCCGCAGAAGGUGUUUGAGCGGAAUGCCAAUCUGCAAGGGUGUCAAAUCAUUAAUUACCGCGUGAGUGAUGACGAGAAGUGGAUGGUUGUGGUCGGCAUCCGGCAGGAUCAGGGUCGUGUGGUGGGGAAUAUGCAGCUCUACUCCAAGGACCGUGGGAUCAGUCAGGCGAUCGAGGGUCAUGCGGCUGCGUUCGGCACCAUACGCCUCGAGGACGCAUCCUCAGACACGAAGCUCUUCACCUUCGCCAACCGGGGCGCGAACGGCGCGAAGCUGCAUAUCGUGGAAGUCGACCAUCAACAACCCAACCCGGUCUUCACCAAGCGAGCGGUGGACAUCUACUUCCCCGCGGAAGCGACGAAUGACUUCCCCGUCGCCAUGCAGGUCUCGCGGAAGUACAAGGUCAUCUAUAUGGUGACCAAGUACGGCUUCAUCCAUUUGUACGAUCUCGAGACGGGCACGACUAUCUUCAUGAACCGUAUUUCCAGCGAUACCAUCUUCACUAUUGCCGGUGAUGAGGACGGGAGUGGUAUUGUGGGCGUGAAUCGGAAGGGGCAGGUGCUGUCUGUUAGUGUGGAUGAGAGCACCGUCAUCCCUUACCUCCUCCAGAAUCCGGAAAACGCGGAAUUAGCAUACAAACUUGCCUCCCGCGCCGGCCUCCCAGGAGCAGACCAACUCUACCAACAACGCUUCGACCAACUCAUCGCCCAAGGCGACUACCAGAAUGCGGCGAAAACCGCCGCCAAUUCGCCCCAAGGCUUCCUCCGCACCCCGCAAACAAUCGAGCGCUUCAAGUCACUGCCUCAACAACAAGGCCAGCUUUCCGUCAUCCUCCAAUACUUUGGCAUGCUCCUCGACAAAGGCAAAUUGAACCCGCACGAAACUCUCGAGCUGGCCCGUCCGGUACUUCAGCAGAACCGCAAGCACCUCCUCGAGAAGUGGAUGAAGGAAGGCAAACUCGGCUGCUCCGAGCAGCUGGGUGAUCUAGUCAGAGUGCAUGAUGCGAGCCUGGCUCAGCAAAUCUACCAAGAAGCCGGCGCCAGCCAGAAAGUCAUCGCCGCCAUGGCCGAAUCGGGCAACUUCGACCAGAUCCUGCCGUACUCGAGAAGUGUGGGCUACACGCCGGACUUCAACGCCAUCAUCCAACACGUCGUCCGGCUAAAUCCAGACAAGGGCGCCGAAUUCGCCACCUCCAUCGCCCGCGAGGACCCCUCCCUCAUCGACGUGGAGCGCACGCUGGAUAUCUUCCAAAGCCAGGGAAUGGUACAACAAGCGACCGCCUUCCUCCUCGACGUCUUGCAAGCCAACAAACCGGACCAAGGACACCUCCAAACCCGACUGCUGGAAAUGAACCUCAUGAACGCGCCCCAAGUCGCCGACGCCAUUCUAGGCAAUGAAAUGUUCUCCCACUAUGACCGGCACCGCAUCGCUCAACUCUGCGAGCAAGCCGGCCUCAUCGCCCGCGCGUUGGAACACUACGACGCCCCGGCCGAUAUCAAACGCUGCAUCGUGCAAACGGACAAACUGGACGAAACCUUCCUGAUCACCUAUUUCGGCCGGCUGACCGUGGACCUGGCGAUGGAAUGUCUCGACGAGAUGUUGAAGGUCAAUAUUCGACAGAACUUGCAGGCGGUAAUUAAUAUUGCGAAGAAAUACUCGGAUCUGUUUGGGCCGACGCGGAUCAUCGAGCUUCUGGAGAAAUACAGGACUGCGGAGGGAUUGUAUUUCUAUCUGGGGGGGAUUGUGAAUUUGAGUGAGGAUAAGGAUGUCACGUUCAAGUAUCUUGAGGCGGCGGUUCGCAUGGGGCAGUUGGGGGAGGUGGAGAGGGUUUGCCGAGAAAGCAAUGCCUAUGACCCUGAAAAAGUCAAGAACUUCCUCAAAGAGCAACGCCUGACCGAACAACUCCCCCUCAUCAUCGUCUGCGACCGCUUCAACUUCAUCCACGACCUCGUCCUCUACCUCUACAAAAACCAGCAGUUCAAAUCCAUCGAGGUCUACGUCCAGCGCGUCAACCCCGCACGCACUCCGGCGGUCAUCGGCGGCCUUCUCGACGUCGAUUGCGAUGAGAAUAUCAUCAAGGGACUUUUGUCCAGCGUCUCGCCGGCGAGUGUCCCGAUCGAAGAAUUGGUGCAAGAGGUCGAGAGUCGGAAUCGCUUGAAGUUGUUGUUGCCUUUCCUCGAGGCCACGUUGGCGGCGGGGAAUCAGCAGCAGGCGGUUUACAACGCGUUGGCGAAGAUUUACAUUGAUUCGAAUAAUGACCCGGAGACUUUCCUCAAGAACAACGAUUUGUAUGAUACGCUGACCGUCGGCAAGUACUGUGAGAAGCGGGAUCCGAAUUUGGCGUAUAUUGCCUACCGCAAGGGCCAGAAUGAUCUGGAGCUCAUUAGCAUCACGAAUGAGAAUGCGAUGUUCCGGGCGCAGGCGCGGUAUUUGCUGGAGCGAGCGGACCCCGAGAUCUGGUCGUACGUUCUCAGCGACAACAAUGUCCACCGGCGCAGCUUGGUGGAUCAGGUCAUCAGCACCGCUGUCCCCGAGUCGAAUGAUCCGGAACAAGUCUCCAUUGCUGUCAAGGCGUUCAUUGACGCCGAUAUGCCGGUAGAGUUGAUUGAGUUACUCGAGAAGAUCAUCCUCGAGCCUUCGACUUUCAGUGACAACGCGAAUCUGCAGAACCUGCUCAUGCUCACGGCGGCAAAGUCGGAUCGCGGGAGGGUGGCGGGCUAUAUCCAGAGCCUGGACAAUUACUCUCCCGAAGACGUCGCGGAGCAAUGUUUGGGUGUCGGCUUGUACGAGGAGGCGUUUCUCAUCUAUAAGAAGGCGAACCAGCAUUCGAAUGCGGCGAACGUGCUCGUGGAUCAUGUCGUCAGCAUUGACCGGGCGCAAGAGUACGCUGAGCAAGUCGAUCUGCCGGAAGUGUGGAGUAAGGUCGGCAAAGCGCAGCUGGAUGGCUUGAGGAUUACGGAUUCGGUGGAGAGCUACAUCCGCGCGCAGGAUCCGAGUAACUUCCACGAAGUCAUCGAGACGGCGACGCAUGCGGGCAAGGAUGAGGAUCUCAUCAAGUACCUGCGCAUGGCGAGGAAGACUUUGCGGGAGCCGGCCGUGGACACUGCGCUUGCAUUCUGCUAUGCACGGACGAACCAACUGCCCGAGCUUGAAGAGUUCUUGCGCGGGACGAACGUGGCGAAUGUGGAAGAGAGCGGUGAUAAGGCGUACGAAGAGGGCUACCACGAGGCGGCCAAGAUCUUCUUCACGUCCAUCUCGAAUUGGGCCAAGCUGGCCACCACGCUCGUGCACUUGGGCGACUACCAGGGAGCCGUCGAGUGCGCGCGCAAAGCCAACAGCGUCAAAGUCUGGAAGCAGGUAAACGAGGCUUGCGUGGCGAAGAAGGAAUUCCGCCUCGCGCAGAUCUGCGGAUUGAACCUCAUCGUCCACGCCGAUGAGCUGGCCGACCUGGUACGACAGUACGAGCGCAACGGCUACUUUGACGAACUCAUCUCGCUCCUCGAAGCCGGACUGGGCCUCGAGCGCGCACACAUGGGCAUGUUCACCGAACUGGGCAUCGCACUGAGCAAGUACCACCCCGACCGCGUGAUGGAGCACCUGCGCAUCUUCUGGGGCCGCAUCAACAUCCCUAAAAUGAUCCGGGCGUGCGAGGAAGCGCAUCUCUGGCCCGAACUCGUCUUCCUGUACGCGCACUACGAUGAAUUCGACAAUGCCGCGUUGGCGAUGAUGGAGCGCGCCGCGGAUGCGUGGGAGCACCAUACGUUCAAGGAGACGGUUGUCAAGGUCGCCAACUUGGAGAUCUACUACCGCGCGCUGAACUUCUACCUGGAUCAACAGCCGAGUCUGCUCACGGAUCUGCUGCAAGCGCUCACCCCACGCAUCGACGUGAACAGGGUGGUAAGGAUGUUCGAGAAGAGCGACAACAUCCCCCUCAUCAAGCCCUUCCUGCUCAACGUGCAGAGCCAGAAUAAACGCGCCGUCAACGACGCGAUCAACGAUUUGUUGAUUGAGGAGGAGGACUACAAGACGUUGCGGGAUAGCGUGGAGAAUUACGAUAAUUAUGAGGCGGUGGCCCUUGCGCAGAGGCUGGAGAAGCAUGAGUUGGUGUUUUUCCGCCAGAUUGCCGCGCAGAUCUACCGCAAGAAUAAGAGGUGGGAUCGCAGUAUCCAGCUGAGUAAGCAGGAUAAGUUGUACCGGGAUGCGAUUGAGACGGCGGCGAUGAGUGGGCGGCAGGAGGUGGUGGAGGAGUUGUUGAGAUAUUUCGUCGACAUCGGCAGCAAAGAAUGCUACGUCGGCAUGCUCUACUCCUGCUACGACCUCCUCCCCCUCCAUCUCAUCAUGGAGAUCAGCUGGCGACACGGCCUCACGGAUUUCACCAUGCCGUUCAUGAUCAACUUCAUGGCGCAGCAGGCGGCGACGAUCGAGCAGUUGCGGGUGGAUAAUGAGGAGCGCAAGGCGAGGGAGAAGGAGGAGCGGAAGAAGGAGGAGGAUACGGGGCCGAUUUUGGGGCAGUCGAGGUUGAUGCUUACGCAGGGACCCAUGGCCACGGGUGCCGGUGGGUAUGGGCAGGCUAAUGGGGUGAUGCCGCAACCGAUGGGGUAUGGGGGGUUUAGGUGAGGUGGUACCGGUGUGUGCUGAUAGUAGUAGUGGUAGGAGGUCUUCCGGAUGGCAUGGGUGUGUAGCAGGCGUGUAAGGCGUUGGAGGGCAAUUGAGCAGUGAGUGCUGCUUGAGGGUUCUCUGUACAUCUAGUAGAAAGUGGAGAUCGGAGCUAGACGGA